CUAAAGAUAACACAUUUAUCGUUUCUUUGAGCAUAGUGUGUGGGGCGAGAACUGUAUUUCCUGAAGGCUGCUCAUGUCUGAACUUUUGGAUUCAUCCAAAAAGAUGAAGGAGAACGGAGAAAGAAGAGAAAUUUUGGUUUUUGCGGUGAAUGGAGAGAGGUUUGAGCUCUCGAGUGUUGACCCAUCAACCACUGUUCUUCAGUUCUUGCGCACUCAGACUCCAUUUAAGAGCGUCAAGCUCGGCUGUGGCGAAGGAGGUUGCGGCGCUUGUCUUGUUUUAAUAUCCAAAUACAAUCAUGUGCUUGAUCAAGUUGAGGAUUUCACAGCAAGUUCUUGUCUCACACUACUUUGCAGCAUACAUGGAUGUUCCAUAACUACAAGUGAAGGACUUGGAAACAGUAAAGAUGGCUUCCAUCCAAUUCAUGAAAGAAUUGCAGGAUUCCAUGCUACUCAAUGUGGAUUUUGCACUCCUGGAAUGUGUGUUUCUCUUUUUGGAGCCCUUAUCAAUGCUGAUAAGACCAAUCGUCCUGAGCCUCCUUCAGGUUUCUCGAAAGCCACUGCUGCUGAGGCUGAAAGAGCCAUUUCUGGGAAUCUUUGUCGAUGUACUGGGUAUCGACCGCUUUCUGAUGCCUGUAAAAGUUUUGGUGCGGAUGUUGAUAUGGAGGAUUUGGGGUUAAACUCUUUCUGGAAAAAAGAAGAAAGUGAUGAUGUAAAGAUAAGUAGGUUGCCCAAAUAUGAUCAUCACCACAAGAAGAGUAAAUUUCCUGAGUUUUUGAAGGAGAUCAAGCCUGAUGUGUUCAAGGAUUCUGAAAAACAUAGUUGGCUUAGUCCUACUACUCUAAUGGAGCUUCAAAGCUUACUAGAACAAAAUGUUCUUGCUGGAACCAAGGUAAAGCUUGUUGUCAGUAACACAGGAAUGGGUUAUUACAAAGAUAUAGAAAGCUAUGACAAGUAUAUUAAUCUAAAGGGAAUUUCUGAUCUCUCAAAUAUAAAAAAGGAUGCGACAGGAAUUGAGAUAGGAGCAACAGCGACUAUAUGUAAGGUUAUUGAAUCUUUAAAGUCACACAGCAAGUGUGAGUUUGUCUCUGACUUUGACCUGAUACUGGGAAAAAUUGCUAAACACAUGAGUAAAGUAGCAUCAGGGUUUAUAAGAAGCACAGCCAGUAUAGGGGGCAAUCUAGUGAUGGCUCAAAAGUAUCAUUUUCCUUCGGAUAUAGCUACCAUACUUCUAGCCGUGGAUACAAUGGUUCAUGUGAUGGAUGGUACAAAAUUUAAAUGGCUUACAUUAGAAGAAUUUUUGGAACAGCCACCACUAGGAUUGCAAAGUGUACUUUUAGGUAUUAAAAUCCCAAGAUGGGAUUCUAGUAAAAGUGAUCCUAAAAAACAUAAAAGCAAAAUUCUCUUUGAAACUUUUCGAGCUGCUCCUCGCCCGCUUGGAAAUACACUGUCUUAUUUGAAUGUGGCUUUUUUGGUUGAGGUUUCUCCAAGUGAAGAUUUAGAAGGGAACAUGGUAGAAACUUGCAAACUUUCUUUUGGUGCUUAUGGGACCAAACAUGCAAUAAGAGCAACAAAAGUUGAGGAGCUACUAGUAGGAAAAUUGUUAAAUUUUGGAAUUGUAUAUGAAGCUGUCAACAUGCUUACAGCUACUGUUGUUCCCGAAGAUGGCACUUCGAAGAUUGCUUAUCGGUCAAGCUUGGCAAUUGGUUUUCUCUAUAAGUUCUUUAGUCCUGUGAUUGACCAUUCUGUUGAAAAACUUAAUAAUUACUCAAACGGGUAUACUGGUUCAUCAGUCAAGAAGACAUUUGACUUAAAAGAGAAUAAUGGGAAAGUUCAUCAUGUUAAAGUUCCUCCUUUACUAUCAUCAGGAAAACAAGAGAUUCAAGUAGGUGAUGAGUAUCGUCCCAUUGGUGAGCCAGUUACAAAAUCAGGAGCCACAAUACAAGCUUCAGGUGAGGCUGUGUAUGUUGAUGACAUUCCUUCACCAACAAAUUGCCUAUAUGGGGCAUAUAUUUAUAGCACAAAAGCUUUAGCACGAGUAAAGAGUAUAAAGCUCCUGCAUCAAGAAGGAGUGAGGGCUAUCAUUUCAAGUAAUGAUAUCCCUCAAGGCGGACAAAAUGUUGCCUUCAAGAUAUUUGGCGUUGAACCUUUAUUUGUAGAUGAGAUUGCUAAAUGUGUUGGUGAUCGUGUGGCCUUUGUGGUUGCAGAUACUCAAAAAGUUGCAGAUAUGGCUGCAAACACUGCAGUUGUCGAGUAUGAUCUCGAGAACCUUGACCCGCCUAUUCUAUCUGUGGAAGAGGCUGUUGAGAGAUCUAGCCAUUUUGAAAUUCCACCGAUGCUCCAUCCACAAAAUGUUGGUGAUGUAUCAGGAGGAAUGGAAGAAGCUGAUCACAAGAUUAUUUUUGCUGAGAUUAAACUUGGGUCUCAAUACUAUUUCUACAUGGAGACACAAACUGCACUUGCUAUACCAGAUGAAGACAACUGCUUGGUGGUUUACACUUCAUGUCAAGGGCCAGAGUAUGCACAUUCUCAUAUUGCAAGAUGCCUAAAUAUUCCUCAGCAUAAUGUUCGUGUAAUCACAAGAAGGGUUGGCGGUGGUUUUGGAGGAAAGUUCUCGAAAGCCUUUCCCACUGCUACUGCAUGUGCACUUGCAGCGCACAAACUACGCCGCCCUGUGAGGAUGUAUGUGAAUCGUAAGACAGAUAUGAUAAUGGCUGGAGGAAGGCAUCCUAUGAAGAUAACAUACAAUGUGGGAUUUAAAAGCAAUGGGAAAAUAACUGCUUUAGAACUUAAGAUAUUGAUAGAUGCAGGGAUAUAUCCUGAUCUAUCUCCAAUGAUCCCACAUACUAUUGUUGGUGCACUAAAGAAAUAUGAUUGGGGUGCUCUAUCUUUAGAUAUAAAAAUAUGCAAAACUAAUCUUCCUAGUAGAUCUGCAAUGAGAGCCCCUGGGGAUGUUCAAGGAUCAUAUGUUGCUGAAGCUAUAAUAGAGAAUGUGGCAUCUACACUUUCAAUAGAUGUAGAUGCUGUGAGAAGCAUGAAUUUCCACACCUACAAAAGUCUUUACACUUUCUACAAGCAUUCUGCAGGUGAACCUAUUGACUAUACAUUGGUUUCAAUAUGGAAUAAGUUAGUUGUUUCUGCAAGAUAUAACCAGAGGAGUGAAGCUGUGGAAGAGUUUAACAGGAACAACAUUUGGAAGAAAAGAGGUAUAUCUCGUGUACCUGCUGUGUAUGAACUAAGUGUGAGACCAUCACCAGGAAGAACAAGUAUUUUGAGCGACGGAUCAGUUGUUGUUGAAGUUGGGGGGAAUGAAAUUGGUCAAGGUCUGUGGACUAAGGCAAAACAAAUGGCUGCAUAUUCUCUUGGUUUGAUCCAAUGUGAGGGAUCUGAAGACCUUUUAGAUAAAAUACGUGUUAUACAAUCUGAUACAUUGAGCAUGAUUCAAGGAGGGUUCACGGGAGGCAGUACUACAUCAGAGUCAAGCUGUGAAGCAAUUAGGCUUAGUUGUAAUGUCUUGGUUGAGAGGUUAAUGCCACUCAAGGAAAGGUUGCAGAACGAUAUGGGUUCUGUCAAUUGGGAGACACUUAUUUCUCAGGCACACUUGCAAUCUGUGAAUUUAUCAGCAACUUCAUUCUACCACCCAGGGAGGACUACCAAUAGUUACCUCAAUUAUGGUGUUGCAGUGAGUGAGGUGGAAAUAGAUCUUCUAACAGGAAAGACAAGUAUUCUACAAACUGAUAUUAUUUAUGAUUGUGGGAAGAGUCUCAAUCCUGCUAUAGAUUUAGGGCAGAUUGAAGGAGCAUUUGUGCAAGGGUUAGGGUUUUUCAUGCUUGAAGAGUACGAAACAGAUCGUGAAGGAUUAGUAUUAGCAGAUGGAAUAUGGAAUUACAAAAUCCCUACAUUGGACACAAUACCUAAACAGCUCAAUGUCGAAAUUGUCAACAGUGGACAUCACAAGCAUCGCAUUCUCUCUUCAAAAGCUUCCGGUGAGCCGCCGCUACUUCUAGCAGCCGUGGUUCACUGUGCAACAAGAGCUGCAAUCAAAGAGGCCAGAAAACAGCUUCAUUCAUGGAGCAACUCAGAUGAACUUGACAAGCCAUUCCAAUUAGAUGUGCCAGCAACCAUGCCUGUGGUGAAAGAACUUUGUGGAUUGGACAUUGUGGAAAGAUACUUGAAAUGGAAGAUGGGCAAAAUAUGAAGCAGCCUAUUAAUAUCUUGGAAAUAAGUUAGUGUGUUUUGUAUGUUUCCGUGCUGUAGUAGCAGCAUAAAAUUGAUGGGCAAAAUUGCAAAUAAAUAUAUGGGCAAAAUAUGUACUAGUUUCUCAUAAAAUUUUUUGUUUCACAUUUUCUAAA